UAUUCAUUCGCCUGGCAGCUUGCCGUUCCAAGAUGGAGAGAAAACAACGUCUUGACUGCUCUCGUGCAAGGUGGUUGUAAAUAUAGACCGGGCAGCAUCGAUGAUUCUGUUGGUUUUCCCGUGAAAUCGGCGUUAGGACACGCGCAAUGGCGAGAUCCGUGCUGAGUUCAGAUACGUUACCAAAAGCGGGUCGUGUUAACGAGGUAUGCCGUGAAUGGUUAGUACACGAGGAUGGAGCACUGGCUUAUCGACUUCAGGACGAAGAAAUCAAAGAGCACUAUACUGGUAACAAAGUGCGUAAUGCACAAGUGAGGGAAGACUUGCCACGGGCUAAGGUAGAACAAGAAUUGGAGGCUUUGAAAUAUCAAAACUACGUUCAACAACAGGAGGAGAGAGACGCACUUGUUGCCAGACAAAUCGCACUUUCUUUAGAUCGAGAGGAAAGACAGAAGGAGCGUGAGCUGCAGGAGCUGAUGAGAUUACAGCUAAGGCUUGGAGAUGAAGCUAUGCAACAAGAGAUCGAAAAGCGUGUUCAGGAAGAAAAAGAUGAGGAACUGGCGAGGAAGCUUCAAGAAGAAGAGGAAGAGACUCACGACGGGCCGGUGGAUGACCAAUUGAUGUUGGAUCAAAAAUUAGCGAUGGAAGCGCAAGAUGCCGAGUAUGCACGAAUGCUCCAGGAUAAGGAGCGCGCCAAGGCGCGUAAAGCGCGAGAGAGAGCGAGGCAAAAGAAACUGGAGCGCGAACGUCAGCAGCAACAGUUGGACGACCAGAAUCUCGCAGAGCGACCGCAAAGACCGGACAAGCUAGACCUGAGGACUCCGCCGGUCAAGAGUCGUGUUCGUCAGCAUAAUUCGAACUAUCCUCAUCAAUAUUCGGACUUGGAGGAGAUUCAAACUUUGGACGAGCCUCAAGUCGAUGAUGUGCGAGAAGUAGCCAAUGUCGCAACCAUCAUCGAUCCCACCUAUAACGCGCAUCGAAACAUAUCGAGCAGCUCGAGCAGCACAAUAAGUCCAACUUACGCCUUGCCGACGCCACCUCAGGAAUUGAUGCCCGAUGACGUGCCCUGUUAUAUGCCAAUCCAGGGCCAACGACGGAAUCAGACCCAAUCCUUGACCAAUGGCCAUGAGGAGAAGCAUAAACGACGCGUUAAAGACGGUUGUAAGCAUCAGUGAAGAAUACCACAAGUUAAAAUUAGUAUUUCCUACAAAAGAAAAUUGUCCUAUUCUCUUUUAAUUGCCGGAUCGAACAUUAGUGAACAGUAUUCGUUUCUAAGAUUCUAAGAUUCGUCUGAGAAGUUUCACCGAACACAUUAUGUUAACAAGCAUCGAUAGUGCGUUUAUCAAGAUUCUUUUCAUCGUUUUUUUUUCUUUCUUCAUGUUACAUUGAUAGCGCUAUUAUGUUUUGCCAUAUCGGUGAUGUAAUUCGCAUUGUGCGAGGCAUAAAACGUGCCUUUCUCAAAGGGCAUGCAAGUUCGUGACGGCCUUGAUACAAAUUAACGAAUUACUCGAGUAAUCAAUUGAGGAAGAUUGAUGAUAUUACGAUUGUUGAUCGACCCGAACGGAUCGAUUGUACCGUCCUUGAUCUUAUAUUUGCAUUUUUCGCGCCCACUCACUGUGGAAUAUAUCUGAAGAAGAGAUAUUACCGAUAAGAAUCACUUUAUUACGGUUAUCCUCGUCAGUAUUAGGAUUUUCGACACUUUUAACAGAGAGUAAAAAAAAGACAAAGAUAUCGUAGACAAUCAGGGAAUUUGUAAAGGAAAGUUUGUGAGAGAUUUAUCGUUUGCAUUUUAAUGCAUUUAGAUCUGGCGGCAGACAGGCAGCGACAGGUGUACAAAUGUUAAUUGACUGAAAAAGUUUAUCACGGCAACUCUCGUAAUUCAUAGAACAAUCGAAUAUACAGAGUCUAACUGAAGUGCAAACGAGCAAGUUGUGAUGAAAGAAUGACGGAUUUGUGUAAAAAUUUUCAUAAAUCUUUUUCACGAUGCGCUGUGAAUGUGAAAUGACAUUUGACUGUAUGUUGUUCAAUCGGAAUCGCAACUUGCUCUUGUAGAAUACAACCGUAUAUUUCUGCUACACGCUGUGUGCACCGGGGCUCUCUCUAAGUAGACAGCGGCAUUAAUUCGAUGUGUAAUAAUACAUCGCGAGUAUUUCAAACCCCCGUUUAUAGUUAGUAAGAUAGAACAUAGAGAAUGACAACACUGCCAAAGAUAACACUUUAAUGCUGGCCUUUAAACAGAUAGAACGAAAGUGUUAAUACGGAAGACACGUACACGCGUGCGUUAAGCGUAUGUAACGAUAUAUACCAACGAGUGAGCUAUAUAUUGCAAUCUGUCCCUCUUCCUCCGAACUUUGAAACGCAAACAAGCCUUUAAAACGCUUAGCCAUAUUGCUGAUUGUAUUUCAAUGAGACGUGGUUAAAAUGCGGAAGUGUCACGAAAAGUACACAAGUUGUCAUGUCCCUUGAAAAGAUACCCGGGGGAAAAAAUUCCUCAUAUAUAAUUAUAUAUAGAAUAUAAAU